UCGAAACUGCAAUUGUUUUCAAAAAUUUGCACAAGCAUAUUACUUCAAUUCAUGUUCAGAUUCAAAUACUAUCCAAAUUUUCAUCGGAUCAUUUCUCUUGACUAAUAUGGAAACAAAAAGAAAGAGACUUCGGUUUUCCUAUUUUGCUGCUGCUUCAGUUAACCUGAUGACAUUCGUAGCAGGAUAUGGGUUUGCCUGGUCCUCUCCAUGCGUCCCGAAGCUAAAAGAAGAAACUGACCCCGCCUUCAACCCCUUAUCGCAUCCCGCUAGCACCCUAGAAAUAUCAUGGAUCACCUCCUUGCACCAUUUAGGAGCCCUUUGCGGUCCUUUAUUCACAGGCUACAUAUCCGAGAAAAUAGGGAAAAAAGCUACGCUCAUAAUGUUUUCCCUUCCGCAGGUGGCCUCCAACGUCAUGCUCAUUUUCGCCAAUGACGUGACCCAUUUUUACGCCUCCAGAUUCCUGCUGGGCAUGGGGACUGGAUGCGUUUUCUCUAUUAUUCCUUCUUACGUGGCUGAAAUCACCGAAACCGAACACCGAGGGAGGACCAGCAUGUUUUUGCCACUAAUGGUAGUCUCAGCGCAAUUUCUGGUCUGGUCCAUCGGACCUUACGUUGCCAUCAGUACUCUGGCAAUGAUGUGUCUCGUUCCCUCGGCUCUAUUUCUGAUCGUUUUUGGACUCUACGUGCCCGAGAGCCCGUACUAUUUUGCAAAGCGUAACAAGCUGGACGAAGCGGAAGAAGCAUUGGUGAAGUCAGGAGCAGAGAAUGUGCAAAGCGAGUUAAAGGCCAUACUAAGUAGCGUCCAAAAUUCCAAAAUUGCGUUUUCAUUUGACGAUUUUCGAAAAUCUAAAGCGGCAAAAAAGAGCCUAAUCAUCGCGCUGGGUCUGAUGUUCGCCCAGCAGUUCAACGGCCAUCCAGCAAUAGCCGCGUACCAGCAGACCAUCUUCGGGUCCACCAAAGGCAGUAUUGGACCUGAGAAAUCUGUGAUGAUAGCUGGAUUUGUCCAACUACUAGCGACACUAGUGACGGUGAAAUUUGUAGACACUGUGGGCAGAAAGAAGCUUUUGCUGUUCUCCUACUCUGCGCUGCUAAUUUCGGUCACUGGUCUUGGCACUUACACCUAUCUUCAAGACAAAGGCUUGGAUUUGUCCGCCUAUUCCUGGAUACCCAUCAGUUGUGUGUUGUUGAAUAUGAGCAGCUUCAAGGUUGGAUCCGGACCCAUCUCGUGGACCGUUAUUGGUGAAAUUUUUCCUCCGAAUUUCAAAUAUUAUUUGAACGGAAUGGCAGCUUUUUUGAUGACCUUAUUCGGGUUUUUUGUGACGUUUAUGUUUCCCAGGAUUUCAGAAAUAUUGGGAAUGUCUUUUUCGCUUUUUUUGUUCGCCGGCAUCGUAGCAUUCGCGAUUGUUUUCAUCGGUUAUUUCGUGCCGGAAACUAAGGGAAAAUCUCUACAGGAGAUUCAAAAUAUACUCCAUAAAUGAAUAAUAAUUGAUUGGAAAAGUAUCAAAUAUAUGUAUUGAAAAUAAUUUCAUAAUAAAACUUAAUAUUUAUUCGUCCAACCUCUGUUGGGUGAAAAAAUUGGUAUUUUGUUGAAAUAGAAUGGUUUAUAAUUCGAGAAUUGAACGUUUCGAAAGUUCCUAAAUAAUUGCAGCUGUUAUUUUGUUUCAUGUUGGUAGGUUAUUCAAAGUGCGUUUUUGAUUCAUCGAAAAAUUAUUGAUUUUGUAGACUAUUUUCUUAAAAAUAGAUGAGAACAACAAAAAUGUACAUUUUUAUCAAUAAUAAACUGUUCGUUCUGUUUUGUACUUAUA